AUGGAUGACGUGUCGAAUGCAUUGGCAAUGAGCCAGUCGGUGAUGGAGAAAAUGAAAAAGUUGGAGAUCUCGAAGAACUACGACGUCCAGAAGUUCGAAACACUUUUGAGACUUCCCGCAAGAGACGUAAACGCGUUCAUGGAGAAGGAAGGAAAGAAAACGGAGGAUGAGAAGAUGACGGACACUGACAAGAGGGUCAAGAAUAUUCGUGAGGAGAGAAAAGAUCGAGCAGCAAGAACUCUUCAAAAAUAUUUUCGUAAGAUUCGAGUGGACGGAGAGAAAGAGGUCAUCAAAAGCCGAAUCACAAAAAUCUCGGCCAAAAAACGAGUCCAACUUCUAGAACAGAUCCGUCAAAAGAUGGGAGAACAACAACCAAUCAGAAGAUUCGGAGCAUAUCAAGUUAUCAGAGCAGUGGAGCUUCACAAGGGGAAACAAAAGUUCCAGAAUGAGUGGUUAGCCAAAAUGGCAGUGGAUCUCAAGUUUCAUGACAAGAAUCUUUCUAGGCCGAACUCUCCAACCCAUUUCCUUGCGAAUUCGAUUCCAGCUCUGAUCCGCCAGAAGGCAGAGAUGAAACACGCGGAGAAGAUGCAGGAAAUCGACAGCUCCAUUAUGGAGAUUUAUUGUGGAUACCAAAAAGAUAAUCUUCACUAA